AUGAAAGAAAAGGUAGAUAAAGAACUGGAGCGCCUGGAAAAGGAUGGCGUCAUCAGCCCUGUGAAGCACAGCGAGUGGGCUGCUCCAGUGGUCCCUGUAACCAAGAAGGACGGUGGACUCCGCUUGUGUGGCGACUAUAAGGUAACUGUGAACCUGGCUACAAACACUGAAACGUACCCACUACCACGCAUUGAAGAGGUUCUGGCAGCAUUAUGUGGGGGGAAGAUAUUCUCUAAAAUCGACCUGGCAGCCGCGUACCAACAAGUCCUUCUAGAUGACGAGUCAAAAAAGAUCAUGGAGAACGUGAUGAGAGACCUCAACGUCCUGGUUUACUUGGAUGACCUGCUAGUGAUGGGCAGGGACGAAGCUGAGCAUCUGCUGAACCUGGACAGAGUUCUACAGCGGCUACAAGAAAACGGCCUGAGAGUAAAAAAGUCAAAGUGUGACUUUGGGAAAACACAAAUCGAGUACCUAGCGUACGGAAUUGGAGCCGUUAUUCAGCACACAACACAUGACGGACAAGAGCGUCCAGUAGCCUAUGCUUCUCGUACACUCUCACCGGCGGAAAAGAAAUACUCACAGAUAGAAAAGGAGGCGUUGAGCCUGGUGUAUGGAGUAAAGAAAUUCCAUCAAUAUCUGUGGGGGCGGAAGUUCAAUUUGAUCACCGACCAUAAACCGCUGCUCACGCUGUUUGGAGAACAUAAAGGACUUCCAACAAUGGCAGCAGCGCGCAUACAGAGGUGGGCUAUCAUACUGUCUGCCUAUGAUUACCACAUAAUCUACCGCCAGUCAGACGAACACGGCAACGCAGAUGGUCUGUCUCGUGUCCCACUGCCGGAGACUGCGGAUGCAGGAACAGAGACAAUGACAGCAUACCUACAUGCACUCAUCUGUGAACACCUGGAGGGUGUGCCACUGAGUGCACAACAGAUUUCCAGGGCAACACGCAAGGAUGCAGAGCUAUCAAGGCUGCACAGAUACAUCAAGGAAGGGUGUCCAAGGGAAGUAGCAGAAGAACUGAAAGUGUUCUACAAAAAGAGAGAGGAACUAUCUGUUGAGCAAGGUUGUGUUCUUUGGGGUACAAGAGUAGUGGUACCUAAAAAGCUAAGAACAGCAGUGCUUAAUGAGAUCCACAGUGGACACCCUGGCAUUGUAAAGAUGAAGACCAUUGCGAGGCAAUAUGUCUGGUGGCCACAUGUAGACAUGGACGUUGAAAAGACCUGUAAGCAGUGUGACAGGUGCCAGUUGGAGCAGCGUAUGCCACGCCCAGUCCCUCUACACCCCUGGGAGUUUCCUGGAGAGGUUUGGAAAAGGCUCCACAUUGACUUUGCAGGUCCGUUUAUAGGUCACAUGUUCAUGAUAGUUGUAGACGCAUACUCUAAGUGGCUGGAGGUUUUCAAGAUGGCAAAGAUAACAUCUUCCGCAACCAUUUCAAGGCUUCGGAGACUUUUUGCGUCAUAUGGAUUACCAGAGCAAAUUGUCACAGACAACGCCACGACCUUCAUGUCAGAGGAGUUUCAGCUCUUCAUGAAAAGGAACGGUAUCCUUCACACAACUGGUGCACCGCGGCAUCCAGCUACCAAUGGCCUCGCUGAGAGGUAUGUUGCUACAUUCAAAGCAGGCAUGAAGAAGCUGGACGGAGAGGACUUGAAUGUUGAGGACAAGGUCUCACAUUUCCUACUGCGGUAUCGCACAACUCCCAACAGUGCGACUGGAGAGUCACCCGCAGAUUUGCACCUAAAGAGACAUGUGCGUUCGCGGUUGGAUUUCCUAAGGCCAAACAUCGCCAUGAGGGUGCGGAGGAGGCAGUAUCAGCAGAAGGAGGAGCACGACAGUCGGGCUACCGAGAGACAGUUUGAUGUGGAUGAUCCUGUGUAUCUACGCAAUACUGCAGGUGAUAAACCCAAAUGGAUCCCUGGAGUAGUUACACAGCAGACAGGUCCGGUGUCGUACCGGGUGCAGGGAGAGACAACUGACCAAGUGUACAGACGUCACGGAGACCAGUUGCGACCUCGGUAUCCUCAGGAGGUUUCAGACCCAGUGCCUCUAGGAGCAACUCAGUCAGCGGAUCAGGAGAGUAACCUUGCUGGGCCAGUCUCCACAGCACCUGCUCCACAACCGUUUACGUUGGACCAGCCUGAGCCGCUUAUCCAGAAACAAUGGGCCUCAUUCACAAACGGUUCUUAG